AUGCCGAAUAAAUGGGCUCUCCUUAUUGGGGUGGAUUUCUACUUCCAGGGCAGCCAAAGAGAUAUACAUUUCAAGAAUCUGAAGGGCUGCGUCCGCGAUGUUUCCCGAAUUGAAGAGCACUUGGAGAGCAUAGGCGGGUUUAAUAUUGAGAAACUUACCGCUUCUUCGGGUGUUAACGACGAGGGUCCAUUGGAGACAAACCCAGACACUUGGCCAACAUACGAUAAUAUCAAAGCAAAGAUCGACUACAUCAGCAGUCGGGUCGCCCCAGGGGACUUUGUUCAUAUUCACUAUUCAGGUCAUGGAAUCCUACGCCAUAGACUCAAGGAUCUAGCACAUCUGGAUGGUGGCGACGCUAUAUCUGGUACAGCUCUGGUACCUACCGAUGUGAAAAUUGGCGGUGCCUACCUCUCUGGUUAUCAACUCGGAGUCUGGGUACGUAGACUAGUCGAAAAUCAUAAGGUCCGUGUCAGCAUAACCCUGGAUAGCUGCUAUUCAGGCAAGGGACUUCGAGAAGAGAACGACCCCAACUUUGCGCUGCGAACUUCAGAAGACAGUGAAUUUGACGAUUCAUGGCUUGAAAGCGACGAAAAAGGGAACAACGAGAUUCUGGACACCGACAUCGAGCUUGAUAAUGACACGGAUUCAGAUGAGAGGAACGCCACAGUGAAAAAGUCUUGGCUUUCGAGCUCAGAGGGAUGCACGGUCUUGACGGCGUGCCAAAUAGGCGAGACCGCGGGGGAGUAUAAAUUCGUCGGUCAACCGGGGAAAAGCGGCAUUUUAACUCAUUGGAUGCUGGACACAAUCAGUCGUUGGCCCCGUACUCGGAUCCUUACAUACACGCAGGUUGUGCAUCAUGUUAAGACGAGUAUUACGACAGAGAUGACGGAUAGGACGCAGACUCCAACCCUACACGGCGAUAGUUUCUACGAAUUUUUUGGUAAUCAACGGCUCAUCCAACUUCCGAUGUGCUCAGUCCGCUCGCUAGAGCAGCCUGGAUCUCAACAGAUGCUGUAUUCCAUCGAUAUUGGCACCGCACAGGGUGUGGCUGCGGGUGCUAUCUACUCCGUAUUGCCAAUCCACCCGAAGGAAAACAAAGAUCUUAAAAGCAGAGAUCUUCAAAGCAGAGAUCUUCAAAACAGAGAUCUUAAGAUACGCGUUUGUAAAGCCUCCAUAUUCCACUCUGAGGCCACUCUCAUACACGCGGACCGGGCAUCGCAAAAAAUAGCCAUUGGGACAGGCAGUUUGGCCGUUCGCGAUACCUGGGCGCUCCCAUCGGGUCGACCACUUAAUAACUUUACAGCUUCUCUCAACUAUGAUACUAAUAGUUUUGAGAUCAAAGACGCCCAACAUGAACGGGUUGCCCGAGUACCAGCAAUAUCCGUUCUUGACGACCGCGCAGGUGUCAAAAUUGCAUACAUGUUAAAGCAUCUUGAACGAUUCAGCGCCGUGGCAGACUUCAGCUAUGGCGAACCGCCAAACCUUCUUGACCCUCAAAGUUACACGUUCGAGCUUCUUGAUGAUCAAGGCACGGCCCUUAUCCCGCUGGGAAAUGAAUAUGAAGUUAGCAACGGCCAGGACUUGACAAUCCGCUUUGUAAACAAUGAUACUACUGCCAAGAACGUCCACGUCGCCAUUUUCCUAUUCAGCGCUACAUGGGGCAUCCAAAGAUGCUACCCAGAAGAUGGGCAGUCGACAAUUCAGGCAAUGCCUGACGACAAAGCAUUGGCCUGUGAUAUUAGGAUGUCUAUCCCUCGAGCAGUCCACGACACAGACCCGCCUGAUAUUCGGGACCGCUUCAGGGCGUACAUCUACCGUGGUGAUCAACCACCCUCGUGGGACGAACUGCUCCUGCCCGACAUCCCUGCCCAUGCCGGUUCUGUCCCAGAGGUGCUCGUAGUAGAGCCACUGCCUGAGGAGGAAGAUGAGGAAGAUGGGUCUCGGAACAUCAAGAAGCCUAGCCGCGGUACGAAGCCCCGCGAACAAAAUGAGAAGGAGGAAUCAUGGCAAGUGAAGGAUUUUUGGGUCCAUACGACUCCAUAG